CACGCUCGGCAGCUCGCGGAGGAGCCUCUUUCGCUCGAGCCUUUGCAGCGCAGGAGGAGGAGGAGGAGGAGAAGAGGGCGCGUGAUAUUUCAUCUCAGGACGAAUAUUUGUUUUUUUGGGAGGUCCGUCUUUUUGAUUUUGUUCUGCUUUUCGGAGGAAAAAAAAUCAGUGAGGAAAAAUCUUCUGUAUCUGUAAAAGACGUGAGGAAUCGCUCUUCUGGAAGGAUGUGGGGUCGGCUGGGAGCCGCCUGGAUUUGGGCCUCUCUGCUGGUGGCCAACGUUUUGAGCAGUAGCAAAAGCUCCAACCAGAAUGGCUCGGACGAGCAGAAGGACAACACCACUGUCUUCACCAGGAUCCUGGACAGUCUUCUGGACGGCUACGACAACCGUCUCAGGCCUGGACUCGGAGAGCGUGUAACGGAAGUGAAGACUGACAUUUUCGUGACCAGCAUUGGCCCCGUUUCGGAUCACGACAUGGAGUACACCAUAGACGUGUUCUUCAGACAGAGCUGGAAAGACGAGCGUCUCAAAUUCAAAGGUCCGAUGGCCGUGCUGCGUCUGAACAACCUGAUGGCCAGCAAGAUCUGGACGCCAGACACUUUCUUCCACAACGGGAAGAAAUCAGUGGCGCACAACAUGACGAUGCCCAACAAACUGCUGCGGAUCACAGAGGAGGGCACCCUACUCUACACCAUGAGGCUGACAGUGAGAGCGGAGUGCCCCAUGCAUUUAGAGGAUUUUCCCAUGGAUGCCCAUGCCUGCCCCCUCAAAUUUGGCAGCUAUGCGUACACGCGGGCUGAGGUCGUAUAUGUGUGGACGCGCGGUGCGGCUCAGUCGGUGGUGGUGGCCGAAGACGGAUCCCGUCUGAACCAGUACGACCUGAUGGGGCAGACGGUGGACUCGGGGGUGGUCCAGUCCAGCACUGGAGAGUAUGUUGUCAUGACGACACACUUUCACCUGAAGAGAAAGAUCGGCUACUUCGUGAUCCAGACGUACCUGCCAUGCAUCAUGACGGUGAUUCUAUCGCAGGUGUCUUUCUGGCUAAACAGAGAGUCGGUCCCCGCCAGGACUGUGUUCGGAGUGACCACUGUACUGACCAUGACCACCCUCAGUAUCAGCGCCAGGAACUCUCUGCCCAAGGUGGCCUACGCCACCGCCAUGGACUGGUUCAUUGCCGUCUGCUACGCCUUCGUCUUCUCUGCCCUCAUCGAGUUCGCCACCGUCAACUACUUCACGAAAAGGGGCUAUGCCUGGGACGGGAAAAGCGUGGUGCCAGAGAAGCAAAAGAAGAAGAAGGAGUCCCUGCUGAAGAAAAACAACACCUACACUGCUGCCACGGCAACAGCCUUCGCCCCCAACAUCGCCAGGGACCCUGGUUUGGCCACCAUUGCCAAAAGCGCACCCCCACCACCCACCGAACCCAAGGAGGAGCCCAAGCCAAAGCCGCCGGAGGCGAAGAAAACCUUCAACAGCGUGAGCAAGAUCGACAGGAUCGCCAGAAUAGCUUUCCCUUUGCUCUUCGGAACCUUUAACCUGGUCUACUGGGCAACCUACUUGAAUAAAAAGCCCAAACUGCAAGGCGCCCUGCAGCCCCACUAAUCCUCGUCCAUC